UCUAUCAAUAUCAAUAAGAUUGAAAAUUUCAGUUAUAUAAAAAGUUAACCCAAAUUUCUAUCUCUUGAGAAAGAAACCAAGAAAUACAAUUCUAAGAACCCUAACUUUAAUAAGCCUGGGUCGAAGAAUUCUAAUCGUAAGAUCAAAGCUUUUAGACACAUCUAUGGAUGCUCAACAACAACAGCAACAACAAUACCAAUAUCAAUAUCAAGCUCCAAGUGAUCCAGUUGCAUCUCAAUCUUAUGACCCUUCUCAGAUUCAAUCAUAUGAUCAAUCUUAUUAUGCUUAUCAAUAUCCUUCCAGUCAUUACAAUCAAACCCAACAACAACAAGAUUAUUCAUCGUAUUAUUACCAAGAUUAUUCAACUUAUCAAACCCAAAUUCCGACUGCUGAUCCCAAUUCGAUUCACCCACCUGGGGUUCCUAUUACUGCUGAUUUGCAACAAACCCAUAUUCAAAAUGCCCAACAUUUGUAUUACCCACAUGGAGUUGUUGCCUCUCAAAAUCCCCCUCAACAUGUUUUUUCGCAGGAAAGGGAUGGAUUUAUCCAGAUUUUAGUUCUGGCGUUACUUGUGCGCUGCUUCUUUCCUACAAAGAUUGGAGCUGUUUUGACAUCAGCACGUUAUGGUGGAAAAAGAUUUGAGGCUGGAGGCAGUCAACCUGGUCGGUCUAUGAGAGGGCGUGGUGCAUUUGGUCGUCAUGGUAGAGGGAGAGGUGGUGGCCGUGGUAAGCCACAGGCUACAAGAUCAUCUGCACCUGUGACUAAUGCUGGUGCUCAAUCUGUGGCAUCAUCUGCUGCUGAGGGCCAAGCUGCUACAAGUAAGCAACCUGUGGCUUGGUGUGAAAUUUGCAGAACUGAUUGUACAACACUUGAAGUUCUAGAGCAGCAUAAGAAUGGAAAGCGACACAAAAAGAACUUGAAAGUGCACGAGGACUUGCAGAAUCUAAGCAGACAACUGACAAUGACUAAACCUGACACAAUUCCUGACCAAGCUACUGAAGGGUCGACUGCAAAUCAUCCUCCCAGUGACAAUGUUGCCUCUGUGCAAGUUGGUGUAGAGAAUGGCUCUGGAUCUUCAGGGCUGUUACCAUCUCAAGAAUCAGUUAGGAUGGAUAACUUUGGUGGCAGGGGUGGUUUUAAGCGGAAAUUGAGAGGGGGUCGUGGUGGGAAGUUGAUGAGAGCCUUUGAUGGGUCAAGGAGGCCUGUGGAACCUCCAAAACCUAAACAGGUGGCUUCUUUAAUCUGUGAAUUAUGUAAUGUAAAAUGUGAGUCUCAGGUUGUUUUCCAAAGCCAUGUAGUCGGGAAAAAGCACCUGGCAAACUUGAAGCGUUUCCAAGGCCAUAAAGAGGCGCUCGGAGAUGCGGUGCAGGCACUAUACCCUUCUUUUAAUAUCAUUUCAUCGACCUCCAGCAUUCCGCAAGUCAAUCAACAGGGAGUCAAUCAACAGAUUAACCAGGAUGCUCAAGCCCUUGCAUCGAUGAUGCUCAGUCAACAAAACCUGCAAGAUCCGCAAGCUGCGCAGACAGCUUUGGCAGAGCUUCUUCACCAGCAUGGCAUUCAUGAUGCUCAGACUCUUAUUGCUCAGUUGGUCCCAUAUUUAGUUGCUCAAUUUCAAGCACCUGGAGCAUUACCUGUCCCAGUAGCUGGAUUUGCAAUGCCUGGACAGAAUCCUGCGAGUCAAGAAGCACAUGUCCAUUCUGGAACUCAGAGCGAUAAUGUUGCUGUUGAAAACCAAACCGAAGCACAAAAUGUGACAAGUAAUACUGAUUCCCAAACUGCUGCAGAAGAGAACAAGCCUACUGUUGAUGUCCUACCAGAAAAUAAAAGCCAGCACUGACAUUGACAUUCAUCUGAGCGCAUAUAGUUAGGUCCCCAUUCAAGAGCAUGUAUUGAGUACGUUUUCAGAUGCGUCAAAUAACAACAGCUAGAUGUACUUAAAUUGUUGAACAUGAUUGACUUGGCUUUAUUUUCAAUGCAACAUCUUGCUUUUGCAAGAAUAUGGUGUUUAGACAUUUAGAAUUUAAGAUUCCAGAACUUUUGAGGUUGCAACUUUUUGGAGUUUUGGUCAUUACAAACUAUGAAGUAGCAACUUUGAUUGUGUUAUUGUUCAAUUGAAAUGACUUGGGACAAAAUUAUGGUAUUGGUAUUUUUCAUGUAAUAUUUUUUGUAACUUGUAUAGACCUGUUAAUUGAUCAAUUAGGUCGAUCGAGUUUGACCAAAAAAAAAAAAUGGGUUAGGUCGGUCGGGUCUCAGUUGGUUGAUUGGCAUUGUGUACUUGUAUAGUUUUAUAUAAUGAAGGUGACC